AUGCAUCAACAUCCUCGACCUCCGCCGGCAACGGCGUCUCCCGCAAACUCUCCCAGGACUAAUCCAGCUCGCACCAACAACCCUCGAGAUCGCAGUGCUGUAGAGUCUGACGCUGCAUCAUCUGCUGAGCUGAAAAUGUUCACGCAGGGCCCGUCAAAUGUUGCUCCUACUAGAGAUAUCAUUGCCAAGCUAAAUCAGAUCGUUCAGCAAUACCAUACGAAAGCCGCUCUAAUAAUAUUGCAAUCUCGAGUCGAGUUGCCCCUUGCGUAUAACAAAGACUCGGAUGUGAAAAGGGUGAACCGAUGGUUUAAUGUUGAACUCGACGAAACCGAUGUGCUCAAAGACGACUUACGAACCUGGAAGAGUUGUGAUACAACUGAUCGCCGUCCACCGCCCAUGAUUAUCGAAACCUAUCUCGAUCCGGAUGAGUUGACACAUAACCAGAGCCUUGUGAUUCUUGAUGAACAUGGGAAGCGCUGGGACGUUCUCGAAGCUCUUAAUUCCUUGUUUUCUUACAAAGGGCCUCAGGAUACUAGAUAUAGUAGAGUCAUUCUGGAGCGCUGGAAGGUUGAACUUGGGGAUGCGUCAAGAGAUCUGCCCGCCGAUCUCGCCUCCAUACUACCCACUCUCUACAAGAAAAGCAUCGUUCUGUUUAGAUCUCUCUUUACGCAUUCCCGGUUCCUCCCUGCUUGGAAGUUUUCCAAACGCCAGACAACUAUGCGGUCCAACCCGACCCUACCUAUUCGCUACAGAAUAUACAAUGGAACCAGUGCAGGCACACCACAGGCACUCGACCCUUUGAGCAUCCCGUUCUACGAUGAUGGUGGUAAAACUAUAGAGACUUUCUCUUUUGGCGUUAUUGAGUCUCCCGCCGGCCCUUUUUCCGUGCAGGUAACCUAUCGAAUGAACUGUGACUUUAGAGUGGAUGACUCUGAAGCAUUAUUGAGUUCAAGGUUUAUGGGUGCGGAUGAUGCCUACUUUCGGCCAUCUCUUCCCUCAGAAGAUCAUUUCCCCGGUGGAGCACAAGAAAUUGGGUCCUUGCCAGUGGCUAGACGAGGCCGUGAUCAACCCCACAAUGCCCAGGCCUAUGGUAGUUUAUCGACUUUCCAUCAUGCAGUUCCUGCGACGGGCGUCAGUCCAUUAUCUGCCCUUCGAGCCGCAAGGGAAUUUGGGACUGGUUCGUCCAGCUCCCCCGUAUCACCACCCUCACCUAAACCUGGACAUGGCUCAAGACCGGGUCUUUUCUCCCGCGAUGGUGUCCACUCCGCCCAGCGAAAACCUUCGAUUUCAUUCCCACCUUUCAAGGCGCCUCCCCUCUCAGCGUCCCCGUCUUUGGUGGAUUCUCCCAUUGUAUCUUCUCCCCGAAUUGCACCUUGUCGAACGGGACCGGUUAAUGUGCCAUCAGAUAGCAAGACCAUGCCACCGCCUGCGAGUGCUGCUGCUGUCUCUCGAAAAUCCACAUAUGCUUCACCAGAAAACGCCAUCGCGUCAUCAGGUUCUGGCUCUCCUAGACCUGCUCCGAUUGUAAAGUAUACCAGUUCCUUCACUCAUCGAAGAGGGAGAUUGUCAUCGGGUGGAGCCAGCAAAACAGAUGAUGAUUACACCUCUAGCGGGAAAGCGAGUGCUGCAUCCUCCACAGCCCACCCUAGCUCUGGAAUAAUUGCGGAGCCAGGCACCAGUUCCAGCUCAUUACAGGGAGAUGAAGCAAAUAUUGGAGAGUUUCUCAAAAUGCUUGACAUGCGAAAAGAUCUGCUGAAUCCUUCUGAUUCUGCCAGUUUGUAUGCACAAACCCGGAGGACUGCUGUUGCCCUCACGCGUUUUCAAAAGAUGAAAGAAUCAAAUGCUGCCCUGUCGGAUUCUAUGACCUCUUCACUAGUUCUCCAUCGUUCAUCUACUUCGUCAAGUAGACAGCUCCCUAGCGUUCCUCCCAUGAUUGCCGGCACGUCGAUUUCCACCUCUUCAUCUCCAGGCAAACCAAUUUCACCUCAUACUCCCCAUACCCCCGCCAUCCCCUCCCGCCUCAGCUCGAACAGUAUCAUCGACUACUCCCACCUCGACCGCACGGACAAUCGACGCCACCACCUCUCACAUGAAUCCCACGGCUCUCUUCUCGAGGAAACACCCAGUCAAGAGACGGCAAUGGAACCUGCUGCCCACAACUCUAACGCCAAUGCAAUCGACAUUCCUACCUCCCCACGUCCAUUCAUCCCUAGCUAUCGACGUUCAAGCUCUGCCGCUCAUCGAAGGCCGAGCACAACCAUUGAUUAUGAAACGGCCGAAUUCCUCCCCUUCGGUAUGCGAAGUCUAAGCCUAGGAGCUGAAGAUAGAUCACUUCUGAGCCUCAACGCAAUAGUGCGUCAGCAGGAGCUGGACAAUGAAGCUCCCGCAGUCGAUAUGCUACCAACCAACCAGCCCCAGCUGGCAGACAAUAACUCAAACAACCCCGCCACAUCCACCCAAUACCGCGCUACCACGAUUUCUUCCAACCACCCGUAUCAACCGCGCUUCUCGCACCACCGUGGCAGAGGCUCAACUGGACACCCAAACUCCCACAGCUCCGCAUCCAGCAGCCUAGGUCGCGGCAACGCCCUUCCCUCUUCCCACCACGACGGCUACCAAGGCAGCGGCAGCAACAGUGGGAUGUCGACGAAUACCGACACCCACCGCCGGCCCUUUGGCAGCGGCGGUGUGGGUCAACGACACAGCUUCAACCGCCACCAUGGUGUUGGUGGUGGGCCAUCCUCAAGCAAUUUCGAAGAGGAUGAGCCGUUGCUGUUUACCAUGAGUGACUUUGGGAUUGCACGGGGGAGUCUGGAUGGCGGAGCCAGGGGGAGUGUGAGCGGUGCUGAUUCUUCGGAACCGGGCACUGGGACGGCGGUGUCGAGGAGGGGAAGCGGUCGGAGGGGCCUCUCCGCUGGCGGCGGCGGUGGUGGUGGUGCUGGCGGCAGCAACGGACUUUUUCAUCUUUGGCAAUGA